AAAGCAAAUCGAACAUUUAAGACGCUGCUGAGCUUGCUAUGGCUGCCUGCGCUUGCUCUAGCCUGUCAGGAUAAGGCAGCCAGCAAGCCAGCGAGCAAGGAGUGGUGGCAAACCGCGCAGUUCUAUCAAAUAUAUCCACGCUCGUUUAAGGACUCCAAUGGCGAUGGCAUUGGCGACCUGAAUGGCAUAACCAGCGAGUUGGAGUAUCUCAAAGACUUGGGCGUAACUGCAGCUUGGCUGUCGCCCAUUUUCAAGUCACCCAUGGUGGACUUUGGCUACGACAUCAGCGACUUCUAUGACAUACAACCGGAGUACGGCACGCUCGACGAUUUUCGCGCGCUGAUCAAGCGAGCCAACGAGCUGGGCAUCAAGAUCAUACUCGACUUUGUGCCCAAUCACUCGAGUGAUGAGAACGUUUGGUUCAAGAAGUCGGUGGCACGUGAGCGAGGCUACGAGGACUACUAUGUGUGGCAUGAUGGCAGGUUGAACAGCAGCACGGGCAAGCGUGAGCCGCCUACGAAUUGGAAUCAAUACUUUCGCGGCACCGCCUGGCAGUGGAAUGAGCAGCGUGGUCAGUACUAUUUGCAUCAAUUUGCAGUGCAGCAGCCGGAUCUGAACUAUCGCAAUCCCGCUGUGGUGGAGCAAAUGAAGCGCGUGCUGCGCUAUUGGCUUAAGGAGGGCGUCGCUGGCUUCAGAUGCGAUGCGCUGCCGCCGCUUUUCGAGGUGCAGCGCGAUGCGCAGGGUCAGUAUCCAGACGAGGAGCUCACCAAUGCCAUUGAGGACGUUGAAGAUCGCGCGUAUUUGACUACAAAGUACAUAGAGAAUCAGCCAGAGACUGUGGACAUGGUUUAUCAGUGGCGACAGGUACUCGACGAUCAUCAGCGCAUCUUUGGCGGCGACGCGGGCGUGCUGCUCAUUGAGACCUACUCGCCCGCCUGGUUCACCAUGCAGUUCUAUGGCAACAGCUCAGUCAAUGGCGCGCACUUGCCGUUCAACUUUAAUUUCAUAACUGUUAUGGAGCAGGGCCCGCUGAGCGCCAGCAAUGUGCAGCUGGCCAUUGAUCUGUGGCUGCAGAAUAUGCCAGCUGGACGCACGGCCAACUGGGUGCUGGGCAAUCACGACAAGCGGCGUGCGGCGAGUCGCUAUGGCGUGGAGCACAUAGAUGCAAUGAAUAUGCUGGUGAUGGUGCUGCCAGGAGCGAGCGUAACCUACCAGGGCGAGGAGCUGGGCAUGACCGAUGGCUGGAUUAGCUGGGAGGACACUGUCGAUCCCUGGGGCUGCAAUUCCGAUGCGCAGAACUACGAGCACUACACCAGAGAUCCGGAGCGCACGCCGUUUCACUGGAGCAGCGGCAAGAAUGCGGGAUUUUCGACUGGUGAACGCACUUGGCUGCCGCUGGCUGCAGACUAUGAGACGAUUAAUGUGGCCAGCGAGGAAGCAGCAACGCACUCGCAUUUGAAGAUUUACAAGUCGCUUGUGGCGCUGCGUCGCAGUUCGACGAUAUUGCAAAACGGCAGCGUCAAGUAUCGCGCACACACUGAGGAAGUCUUCGUCGUUAAGCGUACACUUGCUGGCGCUGGCAGCAUCGUCUAUGCGGCAAACUUUGGUGCAGCCAAAGUCAGCGUCGAUUUGCGCGAGUUUGACAAAACUUUGCCCAGCACACUCAAGUUGCUCAUACGCAGCGUGGGCGCCAGCAAAACAGAGGGGCAAAGCUACAGUGUGUCCCACUUGGAGCUGGACGCAGGCGAGGCUUUGCUGCUUGCCACAAAUUAAUGAACAAUAUUUAAUUUUUAAUUUAGAUAUUUAUUGAUAGCGUUGUCGUAAAUAUACACAUGACAAUUAACAACAUACAUAUGGCGGCUGUUUGCUCUCGUUAUUUAUUUAGUUUUAAUCAAUAGUAA